GCUGUCCAGUUGGAUGCUCUGUUGACUACAGCAGCCUGACAAUCUCGCUCACGAAAUGCAGCUGCUAUGAACGUGAAUUUCCCUUUCUGGAUCAAAAUAUAUACUAGCCAGCGUGAAAAUGGGACAAUGUGGCGUGAUCUCUUCAAAGACGGUUCUCGUCUUCCUCAAUCUGAUUUUCUGGGCUGCGGCAGGUAUACUGUGCUACAUAGGAGCAUAUGUUUUUAUAACAUAUGAUGAUUACGAUCAUUUUUUUGAGGAUAUCUACACUUUCAUUCCUGCAAUGGUGAUCAUUGCUGUCGGCACUCUUCUUUUUGUCAUUGGUUUCAUCGGCUGCUGUGCCACCAUUCGAGAAAGCCGCUGUGGCCUGGUCACGUUUUCUGCAGUGCUGCUUCUGGUCUUUGCAACUGAAGUGGUUGUGGUGGUGCUAGGUUAUAUUUACAGAGCCAAGGUCGAGGCUGUGGUGAAUCACUCUAUUCAGAAAGUAUAUAAUGAAUACAAAGGCACAAACACAGACGCUCCCAGCAGGGCCAUUGACUAUGUGCAGAGACAGCUUCACUGCUGUGGCAUUCAUAAUUACUCUGACUGGAUGAACACUCAUUGGUUUAUCGAGUCCAAAAACAACAGUGUUCCAGUGAGCUGCUGCAAACCUACCAUCAGCAACUGCACCGGGACAUUAAUGCGUCCUGGAGACCUUUACCCAGAGGGGUGUGAAGUUCUUGUAGUCAAGAAGCUUAAGGACAUUAUGCUGUAUGUCAUUUUGGCUGCACUGACAUUCGCUGCCAUACAGAUGCUUGGGCUGCUGUGUGCAUGUGUGGUCCUCUGCCGUAGAGGUCAUGACCCUGCAUACGAGCUGCUCGUCAACACGGGUGUAGAUGCCUGAGUGGUACUGCAUGGAAUCAUGGGAACGGCUGGUCCUCCCAGUCAGUGUACUGUACAGGUUUAAUCUGAAUCAGGCUACCACUUUUCUACACUAGUAUUAAAACAUAUAGUAUAGCUUUGUUUGACAAAAAAAA